ACGUGCGGGCGGGGCGGCGCGGCGGCGAGCGGGCACGUGCGGCACCAGCACCUGGCGGCGGCGGCGGCGGGCGGGCCCGCGGGGAGGGAAGGAGGAAGGAAGGAAGGAAGGAGCGCUCCCUCGGCCCCGCCGCCCCGGGGGAGGGCGGUCUGAGGCAGCUUACACAACCGGCCGCCCCUUACAUAAGCCGGGAGCCGGGCCCGUGGGGGCGGAACGAGCCGCCCCCCAUCUCUCCUACCCCUCCGCCGUUUUUCCUUCCCCCCCCACCCGGCCGGGAGCCGCCCCCCUGCUGCAGCGAUGUGACCCGCCCCCUCCCUCCCUUCCGUGGCCGUCCCCUCCCAGGAAGGAGCCGGAGUCGGCAGCGCCGCGGGCCCGGCAUGGAGUAGGGCGGCCCGGGGCCGGCGGCGCCGCGCGGGCAUGGAGCUGGGCCCGGGGCCCUGCGCGCUGCCCCCCGCCGCCGGGGCCGGGUCCGCUGCCGUGACAGCGGCGGCGGGGGGACCCUGCGCCGAGAUGCUGCAGGUGGCGGAGGAGGCCUUCCGCGGCGGCAACUUCGAGCUGGCGGCCGAGAUCUACGGCUCGGAGCUGGCGGGGCUGCCGCAGCCCGAGCGGGGCCUGUGUCUCCGCCGCGCCGACGCGCUGGCGCGGGCCGGCCGCAUGGCCGAGGCGCUGGACGCCUACGGCGCGGCGGCGCGGCUGGCGCGGCUGCGGCCUGAGGAGCUGCGGGAGCUGGCCGAGAGCUUCGCCCUGAGCAUCCGCGACAAGGAGCUGCGCCUCCCGCCCUGGGGAAGCGGCGGACCCGGCGGCGGGACGGAGGGCGAGGGGCUGGGCGACCCGGCGUGCUGCCGUCCGCCCGAGCUCUUCGCCUGCCCGCUGUGCCGGCGGCUGCUGUGCGAGCCGGUCACCCUGCACUGCGGGCACACCCACUGCCGCCGCUGCGCCGAGCCCGGCGACUGCGGCCGCUGCCACCGCCCGCGUCGCCCCGUCGAGACGACCCCGGCCGCCGCCACCGCCUCGCCGCCGUCGCCCGCCGCCCGCCCGCGGGUCAACGUGGUGCUGGGCAACCUGCUGCACAAGUGGUUCGGCGCCGAGAGCCGGGCGCGGCGGCUCCGCGCCGAGGGCGACGCGCUGCGGGAGCGCCAGGAGCUGCCGGCCGCCCUGGAGAAGUACAACCAGGCCCUGGAGAUGGCCUCUUGCAAGUGUUCACUCAUAGCACAGCGAGCAGAACUCUGUACGUCGAUGAAAAACUACCAGCAAGCUCUCCAUGAUGCAGACGUCCUCUGCCGAAACAAACCCCACUGGCCUGCGGGCCAUUAUGUGAAAGCAAAAGCUCUUUCUGGAUUGGAAAGGACUGAGGAAGCAUUGAAGGAGUUUCUCUACUGUGUUGCCUUAAAUCCUGAAUGGAGCUCAAUGAAGAAAGAAGCCCAAAAGAUAAUGUGUGAGAUGUUUUUCCCAGCCUUUGAAAAUGUGCAUGAUAGUCUAACAGCACCUUUCUCUAGUCGAACAUCCCAUACAAGAUUGAAACCUGCAUUUCUGAGUAGCAUAAACACACAGUCAGCUGCGGAAGAUAGCUCUGUUGCUGGGUCCUCAAAGGAUACUGUGUUCAGGUUAACAAAAACCCCGUCCCAAGAAUCUGACGUAUUUAGAAGCACUGAUUCUGCUGUUUCCCAUCAUGUUCUGGAUCUCUAUUUUGAAGAUAACAAGAAGUCUUUGGGAGCUAUUCUCUCCAGUUUACCUGGGGUUGGCUUAAAAAGAAAGCUGUCCAGUGAUAUGAGGGAUUUACAGAGCUUGGAUGUCCCCAAUAAGAUUCCUAAAAAAGAUGCAGAUGUUUUACCUGAAAACACCGUCAUCGCUUCAGGAGAGGUACCAACAACUCUGGUGGAUGCGUCGGACUUUGAGUGUUCCCUCUGCAUGAGGUUGUUCUACGAACCUGUUACCACUCCCUGUGGACACACCUUUUGCCUCAAAUGCCUUGAGCGUUGCCUUGACCAUAAUCCACAUUGCCCACUCUGCAAAGAAAAGCUGUCAGAAUUUCUGGCAAGCAGAACUUACAAGAAGACCGUCCUUACAGAAGAACUGAUAGUCCGUUACUUGCCAGAGGAAUUAUCUGAAAGGAAGAAAGUUUAUGAGGAAGAAAUGAAGGAAUUGUCAAAUUUGAAUAAAGAUGUUCCCAUCUUCGUAUGUACCAUGGCCUUCCCUACCAUCCCUUGCCCACUCCAUGUCUUUGAACCUCGUUACCGUCUAAUGAUAAGAAGAUGCAUGGAAACUGGUACCAAGCAGUUUGGCAUGUGCUUAGCUGAUGAAUUAAAAGGAUUUGCAGAUCAUGGCUGUAUAUUAGAGAUCAGGGACGUAAAGUUUUUUCCUGAUGGGCGCUCAGUUGUUGAUACAGUUGGUGUCCGUCGUUUUAGGGUCUUAAGCCAUGGCCAGCGAGAUGGAUAUAACACAGCAAACAUCGAGUAUCUUGAAGAUAAAAAGGUUGAAGGACCGGAAUAUGAAGAACUUGUCCGCCUUCAUGAUUCAGUUUAUGAUCAAGCUGUUGCCUGGUUUACUUCUCUUAAAGACAAUAUGAAAGUGCAAAUUCUCAAUCAUUUUGGCUCCAUGCCAGGAAAGGAACCGGAGCCACAGAGCAACCCCAGUGGUCCUGCCUGGUACUGGUGGCUCUUGGCAGUGUUGCCUCUGGAAAACAGAGCUCAGCUGGCGAUACUGGCUAUGACCUCCCUUAAAGAUCGUCUUAUUGCCAUCAGACGCGUAUUGAUAUUUGUGACUCGCAAAAGACCCAGAUAACAUGGACUUCAGUUGUGAGUGGGCACCGAAAACAUCUCAUGACAGGUCGUUCUGGGGGAGGGCAAAGGGGGAGGGGUUGUUUUGGGGGUUUUUUUUAAAAGAUUCCUUCAAAAAGGAACAGCCCUUUCUGACUGUGUCCGGCAUCCAUCGAUUGCAUCGGUUUGUUAUCCUGGGUAUUCACCAAACCUUGCACUCUCUCCUGUUGUCCUGGUGAAAUCUGAGCCUCUACAAAGCUGUGCUACAGUUCAGAGUGUAGCUGAUAGAUGUGGAUAAUUGCUUCAAAGUACUACGAUAGAGUUGAUGUUUCUAGCCUGCAAGAGAGUUAAGUACUAGAGUAGCACCAUUGGCCUGCAUGUGAUUUGGAUUUCCACUUGGUAGGAAAAGGAAACUGGACAGUGGAUUGAAGAGGUGUUUCCUAGACUUUCUUGAAGGUAGUGAACAGAAGAGGAGUUACGCUGCCCGGCAGAAGUAUGCGUGAAGACUAUAACCAACAGUAUGGUCUGUUAGUGAAUCGGUAGGCAGUCUGUCAUACACCCACAUCUCUCUCUCUUCAGCAAAUAGCAGUCUGUGAGGAAAACAAAAUAAAAAAUUAAGCUGUUUGUGGUCAAGGCAUCGGAGGAUAUUUAUCUGAAAGAAUAAUAGCUACUGAAUAAGUACACUAUUUAGUAGCCUUAGGUAAUCCCUCAUGUUGUGAUUUAUGUGUUGUAGUGGAUUGAGUAUGUACAAAAUGUUUGGAAAGGCGUACUUUGGUUUAUUUGAGAAGAAAAAGCAAAGUAAUCCUAGCUGGUCUUAUCACUAAAUUCAAAUCAAACCGGCUCCCUAAAGUAUGAUAAACGCUGCUGUGAAAUAAGGAUUUCACCCCAAGUACGAGGGAGGCAUGCUGCAGUUUACUCUGAACGCUUGCUCUGCGAGCGGGACCGACGAGGAUGAAGCGAAGGGAGGUUUCCAUCUCCCUCCUGCCUGCAGUGUCGUGUCAACCUCCCGUUACGUUGGGGUGAUCUCUACUGAACGUGUUUCAAACCGAAAGUAUUGUAGUUUAGUACCAGUUGUUGUACGUGAUGGAAAUCAGUCCACAGUAACACCGUGAAAAGGAGGCACAAACCGAACCUAUAAAGGCAAGUCUCAAUGCAAGCUUAAGUCAGGUGUUAACCUUCAUUUGUCUCUUUUUGAUUAUUUUUUUAAUGUAUUGUUUUGUUAAUAUCUAACUUUGAUAGCUAUUAAAUUGAUCACUUGUCAGUCAAAUGAUCAAUGUUUGCUCAGCUGCCAAUGAAAUAACUACCAGUGUUACCAAUUCAAUUGGCAUAGUUUCCUAUAAGUAGAACUGAUACUACCAACAGGAAGAAAAAAGUUGACUUGAAUCUCCGUGUGCUGCAAGCAUAGCAUGACCAAUGUAAAGACUUGUUCAUGUGCAGAAGUCUGGUAAGAAGAAAUGGCUGUUUACCUAAAUGGUCAAAGUGCCUGGUUUCUUUUUUUAGUUCUUUUGUCCUUAUUUGUCAAUGAAGAUGUAUUUAAACUUUUUUUUUUCACUUUGCACAUGAAUUCUGGAAGAAGACUGCAUUAAAAUGCAGUGAUUGAGAUAUAUAACCUGCUCUCUUUGGGUAUUGUAGUUAUAACCUGUGUGGUCUGGGAAACAAAAAUACAGAGGUUUUUUUCCUUUUGGCAAAUGGCUACCACAAAUGGUUUCUGUAACAUACCCUGAAUGUACUGUAACUGCCUCUACCUUGAACACGCCUUUACUAUUUAAAUAGUUUGUAAGUAAAUUCUCUGAAUUGUGAAGUGCAUAACUUACAACCAAUGAUGUCAUAACCUCUACAGUAGCCUUCUGCAAGUUCUGCUACCAUCACCAAAAUACUCAAAAUUCAAGUUGAAUGCAUUUCCUCCAGGAUUUGAAGAUGACAAAGUCACUGAAGUAUAAAGGAAUUGUUCUAUAUGUGGGGGAGGAAAUGUCAGAAGUCAGUAGGUCUUCAGCCCGCUGUCAGCUGAGCUACUGAAGGGUGGUUUCGCAAACUAAUUCUCAGACCAGAUGGACUGUAUUCGAUCUCGCAAUCCUUUCUGUUCAGCUUCCUGUUCUUCCCGUCCCUUUCCAUGCCGUGUGUUUCUUCUGGACUCACUCAUCUCGCCCCUUCGUGUGUGUCUAGCCUAGUUUGGAGUAUUACUAGUUUAGCUGUGAGGGGACGCCGAUGGUAUUUGUAUAUUGCUGGUCCCUGUGCUUAAUUUUACAUAUAGGAAUGCAUUUAAGGAAAAAAAAAUAUCAAGGUGCUAGUUAGUGUCUUCUUGGCUUUGCCUCAGUAACUAAUGUGAAUAUUCUUCUUUGCAAAAGUGAUUUUUCAAGGUAUCUACUUUUGAGGUACUUCUGAGAGGAAACCCUACGGAACAAGAGAGGUUGUUUACUGCUGUUCUGUAAUGUAUAAAGACACAUUUUACAUGGAAAGUGACAUUACUGUGUUCAUGAAGGCCUGCAUAAUUAAUGGAAUGAUAGUUAUUGAAGAGAAAGCUGAACUGUAGAGGGAUUUUUUUUUAGUCAAGGUUUAAAGCGGUUUGUGAAUAUUUCAGUGACUGAUGUUUUGGAUAAAUGAUAACACCAUAGGAAUUGUCUGUAUAUGGAUGCAAAUAAUCAUAUUAGCAGCCCAAAGCUGACACUUCUUCCAAAACAUUGAAUGCUGAUCAAAUAGCAAAGCUUUAAUAAAUAAAAAAUAAAAAUCACCACUGCCCUGUGGUACUUGCUUUCUAAGGGAAAGUACCGAUUUCAUUGUUACCAAAUUAUCUCUGCCAUAUAAUCUCUACAGCAUCCAGUAGUACCUCAUGGGAAAAGCUAGCUAUCUCAUUUCUCUCCAGAGGAAGUGUCCACGUUAUGGCCGAUCCAUGCUUAGGUGUAACUUGUCGCCAAGGUACACGUGGAAGCAUUGGAGCUGAUGAGCUCCUGGAAGAGAUAGACAGGAUUCGUUGCCUUUCUAGCUCAUUACACUUUUCUUGCUUGCUGUCCAAGCAAGGAUGCUGGGAUAUAUGAUGAGUCUUUUCACUGUGGUGAAUGUGGCCCUUCUUUAUACAUCGUAAAGAGGCCAAAAAAAAAAAAAAAUCCCUCUACCUCUACACCUGUUGUUCACCUGUAAAGCUUCAAGCUACAAAAAUGAUAUAUAUAUAUUUUAACCUUUUUUUGUCUUUCAGAAGCAUACUAAUUGUUUGCCACUGAGGCCUUUUAUCUACUGUAUUUUAAUAUGUUCAUUUGAUAGUCAUCAAGAUCUCUUUGUACUUCUAACCUGUAGAUCUUGUCAUGUUUCUUACUGCUCCUUUUUCCUCGUUCUCCAGUCCACUUUUAAAUUGAUUAAUAGAAAGCUGUACACUCUCUAUUCCUAUUACAUUUUACACUAGUGGAACUGGUAUUUUGGUAGCGCCUUAAUUUUGCAGUUGUGAAAUGAUUGUAUCAACUCUUAUCUGGGGCUUCUGACCAGAUUUAAACGAGUAUGUUUAAUGUAGAUAAACUUGAAACCAUUUUUUACUGUUUUAAAGCUAGUUAUGAAAUGGAGUGUGUACAUAUGUAUAAAUAUAAAUUAUUAAUCUGCACCUUUUUGUAUCUAGUAAAUACAGGAGAAGUUCAUGUCCUAACCACAUUUGGCACUUCUUGUUGCAUAAGCAAAGCCAAAACUUUUUUUAAAAAUUGCAAUGUUCAUUUCAUGUAUAUUUGCAAUAUUCAUGGGAAAUGUAUUUAAUUUAUGUGAUAUUUGGAAUAAAACAGAUUGAAUUUAUAA